AUCAGCUGAUGUUGGUCCUGCGAGUUCUUUGUUAACCGGCACCGGUGCAACAACUACCGCUGCAAGACUCCUCAUCUCUAGCAAAAAAAAAAAAUGCCAAGACGGCCGUCGAGGAUCAAAAACCGAUAGUUUUCGAUGUAACUUUUUUUUGCCAUCAAAAUGUUCCGCAGCGGUCUUCGGCAUGAAGUCAAAGAUUCCAAGCUUCAAGGGGUUUUCAGUAAACUCUCCCAGGUACUACCGAGGGCCGAGGAUUUUCCAGGCAAAAUUAUGUCUUCGGACAUUAUCGAGUCGGUGCUGGCCGACACACCUGUUCCUGCGAAUCCGUGGCCCACCAACUACUAUCCGUCGUACCGGCAACAGACCUCGCCAGACAAUGAAGACAUCAUAAGAAAUGUCGCUACGUUGUCGCGCCGCUUGGAACAAGAGCUGCGCGCCGCUAAACGCAGUCACUUGGCCUGCGGCGAAGUGUUACUACCCUGCGGCUUACUACUGAGAGUAGCUUGCGAUAUCUCGUCCAUGGCCGAAUCGGAACCGUGCGGUCUGCGCGGCUGUCACCUCUAUGUGCUGUUCGAACCGCUCGGCGAUCUGCCGUCUACCAGGAUUGCGAAAAUCCAGUGCGAUCCUGGUACCGCUUGUACCUUCGAACUGUACCUGACGUUCAAACAAAGCGGCAACGGCUGGAACUUUCUACCGCAAUUUUUAAGGAACUUUACGAAAGGUGGUUCGGUGGUACUGAGUCCCGCUUACACCCUCAGCAAAAAGAAGCUGUAUCGUUCCUACGCGGACCAGCAACAGGACAAAUGAAACGAACGGUACUAUGAGUUGAGUAUGGUAAGACUGAUUUAAAGAAUGAUUAUCACUGAAAGGUGCGCGCACGAUAAAAUAUUUUCUCGAUUGAUUUACCAAAAUAUAAUUACUAUUAGAAGAAAAGAUAGAAUGGAAACGCAAUAAAUAACAGAUGGAAACAAACAUUUUUUCCUCCCAUAUUACUAUGUAUUAGGAAUACGUUUUGCAGUCACCCCGUAAAAUGUAUUGAAAAAUUCAGCUACUACGUGGCCUCAAAAAUAAUCCCACCCCCCUGUAGAUAUAGAGAAUGGAAAAUAAAUAGCAACUACUGUAAAACACAUAAAGACCAAUUAUUAAAAUCAAAACAAAUUUCUUCCAAAGAAAAAAUAUCAAACCUUUUUUAGCAAAUGAUCCGAAUUAAAGAUAAUUUCAGCCUCAAAUCCACCCUUUGUCUUUCGCUGUGAAAUUGUUUAAUAAUUAUUAUAAAAUAAGUUAAUGUUAGGCGAUGUGUUCCGAUUUGGAUCUCACAGUGUUAUUUUGCAAGUAGGACGCUCAUUAUCGUUUUUGUGAUACGAUUAGUAACAAUAAGCGACAAAUUUGUCGUUCAAAAUUUAAACAUUUUGUUAUUAUUGAUUUAUAUAGAAUCUUAUGUGAUAUUGUACUUAUUUUUUCAUCGGUACAACGCUUUUUGUAUUCUAUCAAAAAGUUUAUUGCGAGGGGAAAUCACUGGUGGAAUUUUUUAUACAAAUUUGACCAGUGAUUUGCCCCUCGGUUUAUUGAUUUAUAUUUAGGACACGUGUUAAGAAAAUUGUCAAUAAAUA